CGCUAAUGAAUAAAAAAUUCGUGAGUGCUGAUUACUUAUCCCAGUCAAUGUGAUUGAGUGUCAACAAACGAGCAAUUAUCAUCUUUCACCUGCUAUUGUCCAUCCAAUUCCAAAUCCCUCAAACUCCACUGAGAGUUGAGAAAAAAAAACCUGUUGAUAAUAGUGUUGGUUGCACCAGUGCAUCAGGAGCAUUCACUGCGUAUUUUGCAAACUUCAUUUACUUGGAUUUUCGUGUUCAGAAAUACAAGAGAAACAAAACCGAGAAAUCUCUUGAAGUACGAGGGCCGGAGCCUGUGAUAUCUGUCAAAUUUCAAGCACUACAGAAGCCAGGACAUCCAGUACAUUACCGUCAUCAGAGCUACACUGGUUAGGGGGUCGUUUCCAGUGAUGAACCCUCACAAACGUAUUGACGUUAAAAUUGACGGAGAUUUUCCAGCCAUUUUUUCAUGUGUUUUUGUUCACAUUAACUUGAUGUUGUGGAGGGUGGGGAACAAUGUCAACUUUUUCUAAUGUUCAUAACUGAGGAAUAAAUGUGACCAGAAUUCGACCAGAGUUUAAGAAAAAUGGUUAUAUUGAGCAGUUUCUUCGCCCCUCAGGAAGGAAUUAGGCACGAGGAACAAAAUACGACGCUCUAUGUGGGUGAGAACGAAAUUGGAAAGGGCACACUGUACAUAACUGAAAGUGCCCUAGUAUGGCUGAACAGCACAACGCAGCUAGGUUUUGGUCUGGAGUAUCCAAACAUCUCACUGCAUGCCACCUCUCGGGAUCAAAUGGCCCAUCCACGCCAGUGUCUAUACAUCAUGGUCACUAAUAAUAACCUUGAACUAUCAGACGAAAAUGACGAAAAUGACUCCGGGGAUGAUGAGGAUUCCGAAACAUCCAUCACCGAAAUGCGAUUCGCUCCUGACAAUGUUAAUAAUCUCGAUGCAAUGUUUCAAGCAAUGAAUGAAUGCCAAGCUCUUCAUCCGGAUCCUCAAGAUAGCUUUUCUGAUGCUGAAGAGGAUAUCUACGAAGAUGCUGAAGAAGAAGACGAUUUCGAGUACUACGAAGUUGGAGGUGGCGAUGCAUCUUAUAGUUUACCGACAGAAGAAACAAUAGGAAAUCAUAAUGGUAAUGAUGCUGACGAAGCGAUGGAUGUCGAAGCAGGCCAGUUCGAAGAUGCCGAGGAAGACCCGUAAAAUGCGACGACAAAUCAACUGAGAUCAAGGGCUAUAAUUACUAUGCAUUAGGUUCUAUUGUUAUUGUAUUAUUUUCUACAUUGCUGGUUAAGAAGAAAAAAACAAUCACAAUGUAUCGUUAUUAGCUAACGUCGAUGGUGUGUACUAAUAUACACCCGCCAUUCUCGAAGCACUAAAACUUUAUUUAUAUUCAUUUUGUACAUGGCAAUACAAUGAUUUCAUAGAAAUAAACAUUAAUCAUAAAACAA